AUAAAGCAACGCUGCAACAACGUGGUAUUAUUGUCCUUUGUUACGUGUUAAGUUCUCGAAGCGCUUCGUUUUUGCUGAGUUAAAAUGUUCGUUCUCGUUUUGUUAAGUUUCCUGCUUUCGAGCUUCAACUCGGCGAAUGCUGCUUGCGUGAACAAUUUCCAAUGUCCGUUGAACGCUGAAUGCAGGCAGGGCACUUGCGUUGCAGUUGGUGGCGUUACUACUACAUUGAUCCCACCAGAACAAAACCGAGGGGCAUGCACGCCCAACCCUUGCCAGAAUGAUUGCAGAUGUGUGCCAUCGUGCAAACACGCGUCGGGUUUCUAUUGCACGAGUCCUUCCGGCUUUCUCGGGAAGACUUGCACCAUACCCGCCCCGUCGUUAUCCUGCAGUGAAAACACGAUCACUAUUUCUGUAUCUGCGCAGUUAGUUCGCGAAUAUUCCAUGUCUACAACCGGUAGCUACAUUUACAUGGGUCAAGGUCCUACUUCUUUACUGCAAGGUGGCACCGCAAUGUCUAGUGCGUGUGCAGUAUCCUCCCCUGUGAACGGCUACUAUACGAUUUCUAUUCCGCUCCCGUUCACUGGGUGUGGUACCAGAGUCAGCGGGCCCACCACCGGAACUGUUAACACGAAUAGCUUCACCAACGAAAUCUGGUUGAACACGAACGGUGUUUUAUUCGACGUCCCAAUCCCCAUCUUUCGAUGGACUUGUUCCUACACCGAGAACUACUCCAUCGUUACAAGACUGCAACCAACAGUUGAACCACUACGCAUCGUCAAAGGCGACACCGUAAUGCGACAAGCGGUGGCCGAACUUUGCAAAGUUCAAUCUGCGUGCCCUGGUGCGUGUCCACCAUUGUUCAGUGUGAAGGAAGGAGCUGCUUACACGGUGUCGGAGAUGAUUCAUCUCACUAUAUCGUUACAAACCCCGACGAUGACCGGCCAAGCUUUAUACUUGUACAGCCUGACCCUUUCUUGCUCAAGCACCCCAGGUUCCUCUGAUGCGGUUUCGUUGGUCACCGCGGGUUGUAGCAGCAACAUAUUGUCCACUACAUUCGGUCGCAACGGUCAAAGCGGGACAGUGUGCGUAUCAUUCAGAGUUCCCAGGAUGAUGGGUUGUAACAUGAUGUACAUUCACGGGUCGAUGAAGUCUGCAGUUCCUAGCACACUUUCGGCUUGUCCAGGUGCAGACGGUGUUAUCCUGCGCUCGGCUUCCUCGGUACCCGAUACCGAUGACGUCAAUAACACUGACGUCAGAAAGCGACGAUCAGCUGUUACUACAACCACAAACGAUGACGACAACACGACUGCUAUAGUGAGUGUUGGGCCCAUCUUUAUAUUCCCGGGUUCGCCAGGUACCCCGCAGUCCGAGCUUUUCCCUGGAGCGGCAGUGUUGCCGGAAUCUGACGACUCCUUACCGGAAGGUGUCCCGACGUCUCCACUCGCCAAACAGUCGGUUAAAAGCCAGUCUUAAUCUUAACGUCUUUCUUUCUUUCUUUCUGCAGGUGUCCCGACGUCUCCACUCGCCAAACAGUCGAUGAUUAUCGUCACGACAAUCGUCGUCGUCGCAACUUUAUUGUUAAUCUGCAUUGUGUUGUAUGUUUACGUCACACGAGCUCGUAACGUUCAUAAAUAAAUAA